AUGGCUGAAUCUGCUGUUCUGUUUCAUUCCCAUUCGUUCGCAGCUCCUCUUACUCGUAACGAAUCUUUUGAGGAUAAUACGAAUCAUGCGCUUAGCCAAUCAGUCUCGUUUGGUAGGUUCAUGACGGAGAAUCUUGAAUGGGGAAAAUGGUCAAGUUUCUCACACAAGAAGUAUGUCGAUGAAGCCGAGAAAUUCUCUCAGCCUGGAUCUGUUGCUCAGAAGAAAGCUUUCUUUGAAGCUCAUUACAAGAAGAUAGCUGAAGCCAAGAAAGCAAAAGCUUCAGGUGAAUCAUCUGAUGACUCGAAACAAGAACAACAAGCAGAGAGUGUUGCGGUGUUGCUGAACACUUUGGAGACAUUGACUAAAGAUGAGGUUAAGGAGAAAGAAGAAGAAGAGAGUAUUGAAACUGAGUUAGUAUUGAGUAGUGAAGAGUUGGUUAAGGAACAAGAAGACUCUCUCGUUGUUGAAGAUGAUUUGCAGGUUGGUCAUGAAGUGGUUGAUGAAAUAGAAGAGAAAGUGGAUGGAGAGUUGUUGAAGAAGAGUGGAGAAGAAGAAGAGAGAAGAUCAGUAAGCAAUAAGAACUCAUCAUCUAUGGAGAAAUCAGAAACUCCGGAGAAAGCAAUGAAGCUUUUUAUAAGCAAAAGUCCUAUAACUCAUAAUACUUCGAUGAAGAGGAAAGAGAAACCAGUUCGUCCAAGAUUCAGUUUCUUGAACUUUUUGAUGGGAAACACUAAAACUCAAGAUCAAAACACAACAAGGAAGAAGGUUUGUAUUCUGUACUUUCAGAGACCGAACAAACCGUUUCUGUGUCUUUGCUUCAACCCUGAGAUGGUUGGGGAAACAGAAGCGCCAACCAAAACACAGAGGAGGAAUCUCUGA